AUGGCUGCCAACUACUGGGAAUCGACCCAGCGUCGCUUCUGGCUCUUCUCCAAAGACGAACUCCAAACGGUGCGCCAGAAACUCGAAGACGACAAUGCCGAGCUCGUCCAAAUGUUCCCUCUCCCGCAGCCGCGGCACCUGGCCAUAUUCUUUAACCAGCAGGUCAACCGCCUUGGUAAACGCAUGGUCAUUCGACAGCAAGCCAUGGCCACCGCCCAGGUCUACAUCAAACGCUUCUAUACCAAGGUCGAGAUCCGACGAACGAACCCCUACCUGGUGGUCGCGACGGCUCUCUACUUGGCUUGUAAGAUGGAAGAGUGUCCUCAGCAUAUCCGCUUGAUUGUCAGCGAGGCCCGCUCGUUGUGGCCCGACUUUCUAAGUCUCGAUACCUCGAAGCUCGGCGAGUGCGAGUUCUUCAUGAUUUCCGAAAUGAGCUCCCAGCUCAUUGUCUACGCGCCCUACCGAACCCUGAACAGCUAUCAACAGGAACUGAGCCUGACACAAGAGGACGUGAACCUGGGCUGGUCUAUUCUAAACGAUCAUUAUAUGACGGAUCUGCCCCUGCUAUACCCGCCGCACAUCAUUGCGCUCACCGCGAUCCUGCUUGUGCUGGUGCUGCGACCUUCUUCCAGUAUGUCGGGAUCGAACCAACCGACGGCGACGAACAUCGCUGCUGCGAGUGCGGCGCUGGCCCAGGCCCAAGGAAGGGCACCAGGACUGCCUCCAACCCCGGGCACGCCCAAUCCAGCCGACAAGGAGAAGCAACCGGAGGCCAGGUUUGGCCGGGUGCAGCGCUAUGGCGCUUGGUUGGCAGAGAGCAACGUGGAAAUUGCCGCCAUGGUCGACUGCACCCAAGAGCUGAUUUCGUUCUACGAGUGCCAUGAGCAGUACAACGACAAGCUUACCCGGGAACAAAUCAACAGAUUCGUCAAGGCAAGGGUUCUCGACAAGUGA